GGGGUGGCCUGCGCCUGCCAUCCUCCGCGGGAACUAAACGCAGCGCACCGAGGCGCGCAAACAGAGCCAAAGAGCUCAGAAGAAGGAGCUGCCACAGCUGAAGAAGCAACAGCUACCUGGUGAUCAACCCCAUCCUCACCACCGCACCCAGACAGCAACUGAGCCUCUAAGAUGUGUCCUGGUAACUGGCUCUGGGCUUCCAUGACUUUUAUGGCCCGCUUCUCCCGGAGUAGCUCCAGGUCUCCUGUUCGUACCAGAGGGAGCCUGGAGGAGAUGCCCACCGUUCAACAUCCCUUCCUCAACGUCUUCGAGUUGGAGAGGCUCCUCUACACCGGCAAGACUGCCUGUAACCAUGCUGAUGAGGUCUGGCCAGGCCUUUACCUUGGAGACCAGGACAUGGCCAACAACCGCCGUGAGCUUCGUCGCCUGGGAAUCACCCACGUUCUCAAUGCCUCCCACAACAGGUGGCGAGGCACACCGGAGGCCUAUGAGGGGCUGGGCAUCCGCUACCUGGGGGUGGAGGCACACGACUCGCCAGCCUUUGAUAUGAGCAUCCACUUCCAGGCAGCCGCUGACUUCAUCCACCGAGCCCUGAGCCAGCCAGGAGGGAAGAUUCUGGUGCACUGCGCUGUGGGUGUGAGCCGGUCGGCCACCCUGGUGCUGGCCUACCUCAUGCUGUACCACCACUUCACCCUGGUGGAGGCCAUCAAGAAAGUAAAAGACCACCGAGGCAUCAUCCCCAACCGGGGCUUCCUGAGGCAGCUCCUGGCCCUGGACCGCAGGCUGCGGCAGGGUCUGGAGGCAUGAAGGGAGAGGAAGGGAGGUCAGGCCAGGCCUGUGGGUAGGAGAGAGGAGAAGAGAGGAGGCCCAGGUGGGCAGAUAGCAGAGAGCCACAUAACCUGUACUUCCCUGGUGGCUGGAGAAUGGAGGGCCCCAGCCACUGUCACUUCUUGUGGGAGCAUUGUGGUGACUGGGCACUCCAUGGGGGUACUGACCAGGAGAGGAAGCAGCUAGACUAUUGGUGAAAGAUGGUCCUGGGAUUGGGGCACUGCUGAAUUCCAGCUAAAAUAUGCCAAGUGACUUUUAGUCCCUUCCUUUCUUUGUGUUCACUUGUUCCCUUCUCUCGCUUAAUAAAACAGAAGGGUCAUCUCUGUCCUGUGCCUGGGCAGGGAGUCAGGGAUGGGCAAGCACCAAGGUAGGUGUGUGUAGUUGUAUGGAGAGCAUAGCUUAAAGAUAGAUGAAGACAUGAUUCUGGGAAAAGCCUCAAUGUCAGAGAGUCUUGUUACUCCAAGUACAGGAAGAAGAGCUAAGGGACAGUUGUCCUGAUACCCACUGGCACUUAUCUGCUCGUGGCCAAAAGAAUGAGUGAGGUGUUUGACGGGGGGGGGGGGCGGAUGGGGCUUGUUAGACAGUCA